GGGGCCUUUGACCUUGAAGGAACUUCCUUCUGGAUGGAAACAUCCCUGAGGCUCGCAGAGGCAAGACGAGUGCCCUCAGUGGUCUCUCUUCUCCGGCCGCGCUGAGCUAAACCAGGAGCUCGGAAGGGACUCGCGGGCCCCUCCUGCUGCCCAAAGGGGGAAUGCUCAAAGCCCGUCUGGGGAGCAGAAGGGAGGUGGGGACCAGGAUUUUGGUAAUGCCGUUAAAAUGCAGCAACUGAUUUGAGCCAAGCCUGUAACUGCACAGUUAGCCACUGAAAGAGGCGAAGCGAACACAAAAGUUUUCCCCCCUUGCAAAGCGGGGUGGGGGGAGCUGAUCAGCGAAAGAUGACUUCAUUUUGGGUAUACUGUACUUGAGAUGUGACCGGGCGGAGAAAACGGACAUAAACUAAAUAAGAGUGGGGUCUGGGAAAAGCUCUUCUACGGAGACUCAGAGCAGGCUGGAGGGAGAAGGUGAUUGCUCCGGGAGUCCUGCCGAACCCAAGAAACUGGAUUGCAGAGAUGGCUGACUCCGCCAAGGUGUUACGGCUUUUUAAAACCUUGCACAGGACUAGACAGCAAGUUUUUAAAAACGAUAUCAAAGCACUAGAAGCAGCAAGAAAAAAGAUAAAUGAAGAAUUCAAAAAGAAUAAAAGUGAGACUUCACCGGAGGAAAUAGAAAAAUUGAUCAAGAUAGGUUCUGAUGUUGAAUUGAUACUCAGAAAAUCUGUCAUACAAGGCAUUCACACAGAUCACAACACUUUGAAAUUAGUUCCUAGGAAAGACCUUCUUACAGAAAAUAUUCCUUACUGUGAUGCACCUGCCCAAAAGCCAUGAAUCUUCUUGGACAAUUUAUUGCGUAUUAUGACACCCUUUAUACCUAAAACCAGAAAGUGACAAUUAGAAUGUGCAUCUUGAAUAGAUUUUUUACUGGAAAGGCAUCGUUGGGGAAAGCUAAUUGUACAACAGAAUUAGAAUGCUUGACUGCAUUUUAUGUUGGGAAGAUGUCAUUUGGAAAAACUCAUUGUGGUUGAAUGUUUCUGAAGAGUAUUUGAUAAGAUAGUUCAUUUUCAUAGGAAUUCAGUCCAUGUUUUUUUCUGUAAGUUAUGCUCAGGUAUAUCAUACUGUGAAUGUGUGUGUGAUUUUACCAUGGAUUGAGAAUGAAGUGUUUUAACAAACUGACUUGUUUUCUAUUAAAUUCUGGCUUAAAUUGUA